AGCACCUGGUGAUGAAAAUCCCGUUUGGGGAAAGAGGUGCAGGUUCAGCCUAUUAGCUCUCAGUUCUCCAAAGGCUGCACUAUUGUAGGCCGUGUCUUUCAAAAGGAGACAGACCCUGAACAGCUUAGGAAUCAGUCUGAGUAACAAAAACUCACCCUGACUAACUCUGCCUGGCUCACACCAACCAGCCAACCAACUACAAAUCCCUGAAAUUGCAUACGGAGAGAAGUCAACCACGAUUCCCAGCAGUUGUGUCAUGCCCAGCAGAGAGUAGAGACUUCAGCUACAGUUGCAAGCACAUUUGGAGACAGCUGUCAUUACUUUUCUCCUGUUACGAUAUUCUGGACAUGGCACAUGGCACAGGGAUGCACUCUUUGUUUCAUCUGACACUGGUGUUGUCCAUCAUUCUGACCUCAGCUCUGAAGACCCUCGACUCAGAUCAAGAGCUGCAGGACAGCGGGUUUGGUCAACCGCCGCCUCACCACGGCAUUAAGCUGCUGGUGUGGUAUGUUCAGAACUGCGUGGACAACAACAUGGUGGCUCUGUGUAAUCCCACACAGGGAGAGUAUGGAUUUCAUGAGUUUAAGAACCGAGGGCCCCGGCCUCUGCUUCCAGUGAUAAAGGACAAAAAGCAAUUCCGGUACUAUACCAUUGGAAACCUCCACUAUCAUCAUGCUGAGGAUCUGCCGUAUGAGGUCAAGAAGUACUACAACCGCAGCAACCCAGAGAGUAACGCAGACAGAGUUUUGGUGAGACACAACAACAACAAUAAACGCAUCACUGAGAUCUACGCAUCUACACAUUAUAAGGCAAAAGAGACAUACAUCAUUGGCCCCAAUCUUCUUGCCUUUCUUCGACAGCCAACAGCUCUUGUUUGCAUAGAAAUGUAAUGCAAAUAUCUCUCUCUGACAUUUUUUGAACAAUCUUGAUUGACAUAUUCAUCUGCUGCUUUUCUUUGUAGUCAGAAAAAAAAAGUGCCAAACAUUUGAUGACCUUAUUUGAGUAUGAGUCAGUAAAGUUUGUGUAGCCCUGCACAGCUUGCUUGUAGAACAUAAAGAAUGCUUUGGAGAAAUGU